CUUUACUUGAUUCUCUUCAAAAUGUUUCUCUACCGCUCUAGCAUUGCCGAAAUCGACAGCAUAGUUAAUGAGUUUGAUACACUUCAUGCUAAGUAUGCGCAUGCGCUAUUACCAAUGAGUCAGAGUAAUCGCCGUAUACGGCAAUGGCAGCGCAAUUUCUUUAUCGGUGAAAUCGUUUUGACUACCGGUUUCUUUAUUUUAAGCUUCUUACUCUUUGCUGCUAUGAGCCUACAACCGUUAUUCUCCCACCAAACGUUACCUUUCAGAUCGAAAUAUCCUUUCGGGCUAGACAAUCGCGACGAGCAUCCCAUCGCGUUUGCUUGCAUCUAUGCAUUUCAAUGUUUCUGUGUACUCUACAUGCUGGUGUCCAUAGUUGUGAUGGAUUCAUUGGGUGGAAAUUGUUUCAAUCAGACGACGCUGAAUUUACGUAUUUUAUGCGAAAACAUACGGAACAUACGUGGCGGCGCUACGGAGGAAAUUAUUUGGCAUGAGUUGAGAGUAACUGUGGAGUUUCAUCAGAAAAUUAUUGGGCUUAUUGAUCGCCUCAAUGAUGUCUUCUAUUGGAAUUAUGUCUCACAAAUGGGCGCAAGCACUUUUAUGAUUUGCCUGACAGCAUUUGAGGCACUCUUAGCAAAGGAUCAGCCCAUGGUGGCAAUGAAAUUCCAGAUGUAUAUGUUCUCAGCAUUCAUGCAGCUAUUCUAUUGGUGCUCGAUGGGUAACAGGACCUACUAUGAAUCAAUGGAAGUAGCAACCGCCGCUUUUCAGGUACACACAUGGUACAAUCAUUCACCGCGCUUGCAACGCAAUCUGAUGUUUAUGAUUAGACGCGCCCAAAGACCUUUAGAGUUUCGCGCAAAACCUUUUUUCGGAUUUACAUUUGCUUCGUUUACGAGCAUUCUGAGCUCCUCAUAUUCAUAUUUUGCCUUGUUGCGCACAAUGAGUGAUUAA